UCUGUAAAAGGGAGGCUGCUACAGAGGCACACGCAGAUGCAGGGGAAAAGGAAGAUGACAGCGGAACCAGACGAAAGCUGAGCGAAGGGGACGAAACCAACGGGUCCAGACAGAUUAUCCCCAGUAGCAGCAGCAGCCCAGCUGUGUGUGCGUGUGUGUGUGUGUGAGUGUGUGUGUGUGUCUCUGUGUCUGUGUGUGUCUCUGUGUCUGUGUGUGUGUGUGUGAGAGAGCAGGUUGCCUGAGUGUGUUUUGAAUGCCACUCUGUGUUCCUGUGUGCUUGCUUGGUGAUCUGGGUUAAACAGAGAGAGAGAGAGAGAGAGAGAGAGAGAGAGAGAGAGAGAGAGAGAGAGAGAGAGAGAGAGAGAAAGAGAGAGAAAGAGAACCUCUGUGCACUUGUGUGUGCGUGUGUUUUUCUGUGUGUGUGCGCGCGUGUGCGUAUUUGUCUUGCUCGCGGGUGUGUUCUUGUGUGUGUAUUCCUGUGUGUGUGCGUGUGAGCGGUGAGGAUGCUGGGCUGUGGCGGGGGGCAGCGUGUCCGCUCCUGGUUGACCUUUGCCUCGGGGCUAAUUGAGUGUCUGUGUUUCGCGGGCGCCGUGUUCGGCUGGGCCUCCCUGGUCUUCGUGCUUAAGAGCGAGGGCUACUUCAGCCAGCUCUGCGUCAACACCACCACCGGCAAUGGCACCUAUGCCACAGAUUGUAGUGGGCAGGAUGAGCAGUUCUCUCUCAUCUUCACCAUCGCAUCCUUCAUGAACAACUUCUUGACCUUACCCAAUGGCUUCCUCUUCGACCGCUUUGGCACCAUGGUAACCCGUCUCCUUGGAAUAUCCGUGUACACCACAGGGACCGUGCUGGUAGCCUUCUCAAAUGCAGCCACACCCAUCCUCCUCUUUCCAGCUCUCUCCUGCAUCGCCGUGGGGGGAAUCCUCUUUCUCGUCACAAACAUGCAGGUGGGGAACUUGUUUGGGUCACGGCGCUCCACCAUCAUCACACUCUACAACGGGGCCUUCGACUCCUCCUCUGCCAUCUUCCUCAUCAUCAAGUUGCUGCAUGAGAGCGGAGUGUCUCUGAGAGCCUCCUUCCUCUUCCUCUCCUUCUGCAGUGGGGUCCACCUCAUACGCACCUUCGUCCUCAUGCCACGAAAACACAUCCCCUACCCUCUGCCUGAGGGCUACACCUACGGCUUGGGCUGUGGCCAGAAGAAAGACUUCAGCAUAGAGGCCAGUAAAGGAAACAUACAGGACGAAGCCACAGAAGAAACGGCCCUCAAGGAGAACACGCCAUCAUCACAAGGCAAGUCAGGUGUGCAGAGGAGUUUCAAGAGCUGUGUGCUGUCCUGGUUCUUCCUGUGGCACCUGAUGUGGCUGUCGGUGAUGCAGCUGAGGCACUAUCUCUUCAUCGGGACCCUGAACCCCAUGCUGACGCGCCUCACUGCCGGAGAACCUGCCCUGGUGAGUACCUACACCAAUGCGUUUGCCAUCACUCAGCUGUGUGGAGUGUUGUGUGCCCCAUGGAAUGGACUCCUCAUGGACCGCCAUAAGGGACGCGCCAGGCAACCAGGUGAAAGUGAGGGUGAGGCGGACCUGAGGGCGGCCAUCUUGUCCUUGGCCCUGACGGCUCUGCAGUGUGUGCUGUUCUCCAUCUGCGCGGCCACGCCCCUGCUGCCUCUACAGUAUCUCACCUUCAUCCUCCAGGUCCUCAACAGGUCCUUCCUCUACGGAGGCAACGCUGCCUUCAUCAGCGUGGCGUUCCCUCCUGCUCAUUUUGGCAAGCUGUACGGCCUGGUGAUGGCUCUGUCUGCGGUGGUGUCUCUGCUGCAGUACCCCUGCUUCGCUCUCAUCAAAGGACCUCUAGGGGGCGAUCCUCUUUAUGUUAAUGUUGCCCUGACACUGUUGACCCUACUGGCCUUCAUCCACCCUGUCUACGUCUACCUCCACUGUCGUCGCCUAGCAACACAGAGGGCCAAGUCCACAAACUAAACUCACCAGCUUGCAGAAAGAAGGGACCAAUUUUAAGCAGCACUAACCCAUAGGCCUAUAUGUUGUUUUAUUUUACUACAUGUACUGUUUUUGCUAUGUUUUGUAACAUAAGUUUAGGUUGAAACUGAUAAUGACAUUAUUGCUUUUUUUUCAACACAUUCAGGACCUUAACUCUCAAUCAGGACCACAAAGUUAAAUGUUUAUUUUUAAAUGUGUUUUUAACUGUUGUAAAUAGUAAUGGAAAUGCUCUCUCAAAGCAGAGGGCUGGCAGGAAUUGACUUUACUUGUAUGUGUGAAUUCACCAACUGGGCUACCUAGCUAUUACUACCAAGUUCUUUUGAGCUGCUAGUUUGGCCAAGAUGCUGUUUCCAGGGACUUCUCAGAUGGUGGGGUUUAUUUGCAUCUAUCCAAUGUUCCUAUAUGCUAUGCUACAUGCAGAAGCUACAACCAAUCAGAUCAUUCUUACCAUGGGGGCCAGUGACAGAACAAGUGUGUCUUGCCUUACUGUAAACCUGCCUCAAUCAAACUGCUCUACAUUUCCGAUUUAGAUUGGAAGCCAGUUGAAAGGGUAGAUCAAAGGACAUGUACUCUGCACUUCUGAAGUAACAACCCGGUGCAGCCAUUGUAAGACAAAAUCAUGAAUAAAAAGGGAUAAAAAUCUGGUCUAUUUUCUGUCAUUUAUUUUUUUCAGUAUAAUAAGAUUAACAUUUGGAAAAAAUAAAGAACAGAAAAUAGACAUCUGUGGCACCAGUUGAAAGGGUAUUUGAAAUAAAGGAGAUUAGCAGCUUUUCCAGACAGAUGUUUAAAAAUGUUCAUGCCGUGGCAGGCCCGGGCUGCGAAUUCACACUUUUCUAAGGGAAAAGGAGGAAGGGAAAACAUG